GAGAGAGCUGUGCUUAGGUCGUGAUGAAACCAAGAUGGCGUGUAGUUCAGACAGGAUGAACGGGGGAUAGGUGACGAGGGAAGAAAACACACUGGAACAACGCAACAUUUGUGUGCGCUCACGAAACGUUUGUUCCAACGAAAACGUCAACUUACACGGGAUGUGUAUGGGACGGUAGAAAAGAAGAUAUCCGUGGUCUUCAUCCCUCUAGCCGACCGAGAGUAUGCGUAUAGCUAUGGAUGGAUCAGAGGAGUUUGUUCCACCACCGGAAUGUCCAGUAUUCGAACCAUCAUGGGAGGAAUUUGAGGAUCCACUUGGAUAUAUCGCCAAAAUUCGUCCGAUUGCAGAAAAGUCUGGCAUAUGCAAGAUUCGCCCACCACACGAUUGGCAGCCACCAUUUGCUGUCGAAGUCGACAAUUUCCAUUUCACACCACGUAUUCAGAGGCUCAAUGAGCUAGAGGCUGAGACACGAGUGAAGCUGAAUUAUCUGGACAGAAUCGCCAAGUUUUGGGAGAUCCAGGGAUCCUCUUUGAAGAUCCCAAAUAUUGAGCGACGUAUUUUGGAUUUGUUCAGCUUAGCUAAGAUUGUGACAGAGGAGGGAGGUUUUGAGGCGGUUAGUAAGGAGAGACGUUGGGCCCGUGUGGCACAGAAACUCGGUUAUCCUCCGGGAAAAAACAUCGGUUCUCUCCUGAGGUCACACUAUGAGAGGAUUGUGUAUCCUUUCGAGAUGUUCCAGUCUGGAGCCAACUUACCGACAUGUAAGCCCAGGCUAUAUGACAGUGAGGAGAUAGAUAAGGAAUACAAACCACACUCCAUCCCUCUUCGCCAAUCAGUCCAGCCAUCCAAGAUGAGCAGUUAUGGCAGACGAGCCAAUCGCCUUCAGCCGGAGCCGGAACCUACAGAGGAAGACAUAGAGAAGAACCCGGAGCUGAAAAAGCUUCAGAUAUACGGAGCUGGACCUAAAAUGAUGGGGCUCGGUCUUGUAGCUCGAGACAAGACGAGGAAGAAAGCCAGACAUUCCCCGCCACCCCCAAACCUCAUUGUCAAGGAGGACAUUGACGAUGACAAAAGUCACAUUGGCAAUCUUAAUGACAGCGGAGAUGAGCCUUGCACUAAGAUGACCAUGAGGCUCAGACGCAACCAAAGUAACCCACAGUUUGUGGACUCAUUUGUAUGUCGAAUGUGUGGGCGCGGAGACGAGGAUGAGAAGUUGCUGCUCUGCGAUGGUUGCGACGAUAAUUACCACACGUUCUGCCUGAUACCUCCACUCACAGAACCACCCAAGGGCAACUGGCGCUGUCCCAAAUGCAUAGCAGAGGAGUGUAAAAAGCCUGCAGAGGCGUUUGGUUUCGAGCAGGCCACACGGGAGUAUACAUUGCAGAGCUUUGGUGAGAUGGCCGAUACCUUCAAAGCAGACUACUUCAACAUGCCUGUCCACAUGGUGCCGACAGAGCUUGUGGAGAAGGAGUUCUGGAGGUUGGUUAGUAGUAUUGAAGAGGACGUAACCGUAGAGUAUGGUGCAGACAUUCACUCUAAAGACUUUGGUAGUGGUUUUCCUGUCAACAAUGGCAAGAGACACUUGACAAAUGAAGAAGAGGAAUAUGCACGGAGCAGCUGGAAUCUGAAUGUUAUGCCAGUGUUGGAGCAGUCAGUAUUGUGCCACAUCAAUGCAGAUAUCUCAGGCAUGAAGGUGCCAUGGCUCUAUGUGGGGAUGGUGUUCUCUGCUUUCUGCUGGCACAUCGAGGACCACUGGAGUUACUCCAUCAACUAUUUACACUGGGGUGAGCCCAAAACAUGGUAUGGUGUGCCAUCAUCAUCUGCAGAGAAGUUAGAGGAGGUGAUGAAGAAACUUACACCUGAACUGUUUGAGUUCCAGCCAGACCUGCUCCACCAGCUAGUCACCAUCAUGAACCCAAAUAUACUCAUGGCUCAUGGAGUGCCGGUUGUACGGACCAAUCAGUGUGCUGGGGAGUUUGUCAUCACUUUUCCACGAGCCUAUCACAGCGGAUUUAAUCAGGGAUAUAAUUUUGCUGAAGCUGUCAACUUCUGCACUGCAGACUGGCUGCCCACUGGGCGAUCUUGUGUCGAGCAUUACCGGCGGCUGAGGCGCUACUGUGUGUUUUCUCAUGAGGAACUGACCUGCAAGAUGGCGGCCUGCCCAGAGAAGCUGGAUCUGAACCUGGCAGCCGCAACGCACAGGGAAAUGUUCAUCAUUGUACAGGAGGAGAGGAAACUACGCAAAAGCCUGCUGGAAAGGGGCAUUAAGGAAGCUGAAAGGGAAGCAUUCGAAUUGCUGCCUGAUGAUGAGAGGCAGUGUGAUAAGUGUAAGACAACCUGCUUCCUGUCGGCCCUGGCAUGCUCGAACUGCCAGGAGCGCCUCGUCUGCUUGUACCACUCCCAGGACCUCUGCUCCUGCCCAACUGAAAAACUCUAUCUCAGGUAUCGCUAUACUCUGGAUGAGCUCUUGGCCAUGCUGCAUCGGCUGAAAGUUCGUGCUGAAUCAUUUGAUUCUUGGGCCAACCGAGUGAAGGAAGCACUUGAGCAGGAAGAAGGCAACAAAAUAGGCAUUAAAGAUCUGGAGGUAUUGAAAGCAGAGGCAGCAGAGAAGUUGUUCCCUAAUAAUGAGCUGCUCCGGCGACUCAACACGGUCCUCACAGACAUACACAAGUGUGAAAGCAGCAGCACUGAGCUCCUCAGCAACAGCCAGAGCAGCAGAAUGAGUCUGGAGGAGCUGAGAACUCUGGUGGAGACCAUGCAGAACCUGCCCUGUGUUAUGACACAGCUGGAGGAGGUGCAGGCUUUGUUGCAGAAGAUAGAGGAGUUUAAUUCCCGUGCACAAGCUCUGGUCAACAGCACCAAGGGCGAGUGGAAGCAAGACUCUCCUUUACCUGCAGCUGCAGAGAUCCAGGCCCUGCUUGAAGAGGGAGCCUCUUUGCUGGUUGUUGCCCCAGCUUGUGAGCUCCUCAGCGGGCUGCAGGAGCAGGCACGCUGGCUGGGAGAGGUCAGGCGGACGUUGGGGCCAGAGGGGGGUGAGGUGACUCUUGCUGUGCUGAGGAACUUGAUGGAGGCGGGUUGUAACGUACCGCAGAGUUUGUCUGUGGAGACUGCCAUGGCUGAACUGCAAGAGCUGCUGACUAUAGCAGAGCGCUGGGAGGAGAAGGCCCAGAUAUGUCUAGAGGACAGGCAGAAACAUCAUCUCUCAACGCUGGAGGCCAUUGUUAACGAGGCCCAGCUCAUACCAGUGCAGCUACCCAACAUCCUGUCCCUGCAGGCCUGCCUGAGCCGAGCCCGCGCUUGGGUCACUGACCUGGAGGAAAUCCAGAAUGGUGAGCAUUACCCGUGUCUGGAUGAUCUAGAGGGUUUGGUGGCCAUUGGGCGUGACCUGCCUGUAAAGAUGGAGGAGCUGAAGCAGUUGGAGCUGCAAGUGGCCAGUGCUCACUCCUGGAGAGAGAAGGCCAGCAAAACCUUCCUGAAGAAAAACAGCCAGCACAGUCUCCUGGAGGUGUUGUGUCCAUGUGUGGAGAAGAGCAAGAAGAGGGAGGAGAACUCAUUGGGCACAGAGUCAGACUCUGAUGUCAAUGUGUUAGGCCUUACUGCUCAGGACCUCAGAGACCCCGGAGCUAUCGUGAUUGCAUUCAAAGAGGGAGAGCGUCUGGAGAAAGAGGCCCUCCUCCGCUUGCAGCAGGUCAAUUUAGCUAAACCUGGUCUGGAAAAAGGAAUGAGGGAUGACCAGAAUGACAAAAAGACAGAAAGGAGAUUAAGUGACUCAAUGGAGACAGAUACACCCCUCAAUUCAGCCGGCCCCAAGCUGCAAAAUGGUAGUUCCUCCCCUUCCCUUACUUCUUACCAAUCAGUGUGCAUGUGCGGUGGCCCACCCCGCCCCUUGCUUCACCGGUGCCACUUGUGCAAAGACUGGUUCCACGGAGAGUGUGUACCCUUUCCACCACUGCUAGGCUCUUCUGACAUGCAUCUAACCAAACCCCACUGCUGGUGGGACUGGAAUACACGUUUCCUCUGCCCGCGGUGCCAAAGGUCCCGGCGGCCUAGACUGGAAACUAUUCUAGCCCUGCUGGUGGCGCUGCAGAGAUUACCUGUGCGGCUGCCAGAGGGAGAGGCAUUACAGUGUUUAACAGAGAGAGCCAUCAACUGGCAGGGCCAAGCCAAACAGGCACUGGACACUCCAGAAGUGCAAGGGGCGCUAGAGACACUGCUUCAAUUGAAGGAGGAAAUGCAGAGUAUUAAAGAGGAAGAACCAGAGCAGAAAAAUAAAUUGAAUGGUGAUACUGUAAUUGUGCUGUCUGACUCAGAGGAAACAGAAGAUGGUGUUAUCGAUCUGACAGAGGACGUAAAUUCCCCUAAAAAGAGUGAAAAGAAGGUUGCAAAUGGUACACAGUCUGGCUGUGACAAUGGAAUCACUAGGAAGCCAAGCCCUCAUGACUUCACAGGGGUAGAGUCUCUUCUGUCAUUUAUGCCAUGUCUUAAAGGGCCGGUGAUCGAGCUGACCCCGUCCACCAGAACACAGCUGGAGGAGCUUCAGCUAGAGGGAGACCUGCUGGAGGUCAUGCUCGAUCAGACACACACCAUUUACCGGAUCCUACAGGCAUCAUCACAGCCGCCUCAAGAUGCCCUGCACACACUCAUAGAGAUUGAACUGCAGGAGCAGAGAAGCUCAGGUCGUGGCAACAAGUCAAAGGACUCGAAGAGGAAGAGGAAGAGCCAGAAAAUUGAUGGCGAGCCGAAAUCCACAGAGGUUUCUGAAUGCAAGAAAAUGAGACCUGUCAAUCCCACACCCUCACAGAUCCACACAGAGAUCUUGUGAUGUUGCCCUAAAGCUGUGGAGGUACAAGUGGUGGAUGAGAUGAGAACCACAGACAGACAAAUGCAGGGCUUAAGCUCAUCCUCCCCACCUAAUAAGCUCACACGUUAACUCUCCUUUUCAACCCAUCAAAUGGUCGCUCCCUUCAUUCAUACUAAACUGCACUCCUCAAUGUGUUUUUUCUUUGCCUCUCUUUAUCCUGAAUGGUGCACUUGUGCAGGGCGUAGAUCUCUGUUCUCUUAGAGGAGGGAUACAAUGAGAUUUGCCCUGCGGUUAAGCUGUCUGUCUUAACAGUUUAAGUGUACCAAACUGUCCUUACCACAGUGGAAUGACAUGUGCUGCAUAAUGCGACUUUUCCAGGUAUACACACACACAUUUGACGGCCUGGCAGUGAGGGGACAUUUAACAGGACACUGGCAUUGCUGCCAAGUUAAUACAUGUAUUCUUUUGUACUGAGUCUCGUGUUUUGUUCAGGGAGACUCUACAUUGUGAAUAAACUAGUACAAUAUUUUGAAAGUGUGAUGGAUAAACAAAGGCAUUUACAUUCUGGUGCUACUUUCCUAAAAUAGGUUACUGCAUAGUCCUUUCUCUUUUCCUCUGAGGUUUACUUUAUUCAUUGUCAUUUUCUUUCAGUGCUUCUGUUGUCUCUUUUGUCAUGCUUUCUGCUCUGUACCCCUCUUUCUUUUCACAGAACUGUGCAAAACCUCACUUUAACACUUUAUCUCCAUCUUAUUUUUUCGCUGGGGUUCUAAUAAUUCUAUUAUUAUUAUUAUUAUUAUUAUUGCAGACACGCAUUGUCGUGAGUUUGUGUAUAAACAUUUUCAUUUCAAUGUUGCCUUUGUUUCUUUUCGCUCUUGUUAGAAAAUAAAAGUUUAGAAUUGUUUUAGGAAGCCGUUGGCAUGGUCACAUCCUUGAUUUAUUUAAUUGGGGUCAAAUUCUAAACAUGGUAGCUCAGCAGUUCACAGUCUGGGCUGAGAUAAAGAACUUGAUUAGGAACACUACACUAAUACUGGUUAGUGCUUCCCAUUGCUCUCAAAACAGCAUCAAUUCUUUGUGGCAUGAAUUCCACAAGAUGUUGAAAACAUUCCUUUUAGAUUCUGGUCCAUGUUGACAUGAUUGCAUCACGCAACUUCUGCAGAUUUGUCAGCUGCACAUUCGUGCUGCGAAUCUCCCAUUCUACCACAUCCCAAAGGGAUUCUAUUGGAUUUAUCAUGCUGGAAGUAGCCAUUAGACGAUGGGUAAAUUUAAGUUGUAUCCCAUCUGCCUCUAGGUUGGACGUGUUGUGCAUUCUGAGAUGCUAUUCGUCUCACUACAAUUGUACAGAGUGGUUAUCUGAGUUACCAUAGCCUUUCUAUCAGCUUGAACCAGUCUGGCCAUUCUCCAUUGACCUCUCUCAUCAACAAGGCAUUUAAAUGCAAUGUAAAUUAUUUUCUACAUUGCAUUAUAUGUUUGGCUGAUUAGAUAAUCGCAUGAAUAAGUAGGUGUACAGGUGUUCCUUAUAAAGAGCUCAGUGAGUGUAUGUAAAGGUGUAGGUUUGAUUACAGGGGGGAUUGUGAGAUGCAGAGAUCCUCAGUGCCAGAUUGUCAUUGAGAAAGAUACUGAACACUCCUGGUUGCUCCUCAGUAGAGCUAAUGUUUUUGCUGUUGACUAUGAACUAACCAUUAUAGUCAACUUUCCAUAAAGCACC